AGUGAGGUGAUAGCGACGAUUUGUAUUUCUUCACCAUAUAUGCAGUAUCUCCAUCUGCAGCACUGCCUCUUCUAUCAUCGGUUCCAGAACCAGGCGCAUAUAAACACCUAUCAAGCCCACUACCUCCGAGUCACGAUAACGCACGCACGAUCGAUACGUUCAUACUUCCUCUCCAGCUGAAUUUCGGGACACAUGUACGGUAAGUACAUCACAAAAGUAUGAUGUCGUGGGAGGACAUGAACAGAACACAUGUCUCUGAACGGGUCUUGCAUGCAUAGGAGUUCAUGCAGGUUGAAGGCUCAGUCCCGCGUAUACAGCCUUUCCCGCAGCUCCUCACGCAAGCCCGCAACCACUCUCUUCCCUUGCUCGAAGCGCAAUCCCGCAAGCAGCCAUCCAAUUCAUCACACCUUCCCAUCCAAACCACCCCUCACAACUCAAGAUAAGCAAGUAAAUAUCCUCCCAUCAAUACAUACAUACAUACAUACAUACGCCCCCAAACGCCCCCCUCCCCCUCACUGGUCCACCUCCCUUCAUGCACAAAAUCCCGCCUUGCCUAGCCCGCAGCCGUCAUCCCGACCACACAUAUACAUGAUCACAAGCCCACACCACGAAUCCCAUCCACCAUCCACCAUUUACAGCCCAUACCUAGGUAGAUUUAAUCUGGAUAAAUACUACACCUCCAUACACAAACCAAAACCAAACUCACGCACAUUUCCAGCCCAUCAAUCAAUGCACCCUGUUCCCCUUAGCGCUCGGGAGCUACCGUCGCGGUGGAACUUGUCAAAGCGCACAUAACGCACGUACGCAGGCACGCAGGCACGCACGCACGCAUGCAAAUCUACCUGUCUGUCUCUUUUCUGUUUGUCUCUUUUGUUUGUCUCUAGACGGUGGAUGGAUGAGGUGGGUCGAUUAUGCAGGUUCUGUCACAAUUUGCCGCGAGAGCGCUUCUCGGGGAUGUACGAAGGUAUGUGGUGCUGGGGUGUGUGUACUAGAGCUACUGUGCCUUAAGCGCACGUUUUGAUGUUACCUACCUACCUACCACGGUGUCAGUCAAUUACCAGUUCUCGU